AUGUGUCUGGGCGAGAAUGUGCGAGAAGUACACAUUCCCGUCGUGUUCAACCAGACCGUGCCUGCUUCACUGACUUAUUCCAUCACAGACCCUGUCUCAGGUCACAAGAGUGUACAUACAAUCAAACAUCCCAAGACUAGUGCGCAGACACGCGCACGAGCUCCUGGCACUGAGGCCCAAGAGCCCGAUGUGCCGCGUGGUGCACAUGUGCUUUCGCUGGCGGAGCGCAAACGUGCACGGCAGGCAGCAAAGCAAAGAGCCUCGGACAUGCCGGUUGAAACUGUGCAUGAUUUGCGCAUCACGCACACGGGCAUCCUGCAGCUGGAAUCCGUCGUCGACCGGCAGGCCAACGAAGCGCUCGUCGGGCCAGAGACCGUCACGCUCGUUGAAUGUCCGCGAGCAUCAUUCGUACAUGGCGCAUCAGAUUACUGCAUGGGCGAGGAGGCACUCGUUGAGGUCAUGCUGCAUGGCACGCCGCCGCUCUCGCUUGAGUAUGAGCUGCUCCGCGGCUCAGAGCCGCGAAAACAGAUCCAACAUCAACACACACUCCUACAUCAUUCGCCCCACAUGCCCGCGACCAUUGCUCUGGGUCUGCCGUUGCCCGGCACACAGACUGUGCGUCUGAAGCGCGUGAGGGAUGCAUGCGGGAAUGCAGCAGCGCUUCAGGAUGCCUACGAUGUGCAAGUGCAUGCGCAGGCGCAAGUGCACUUUGAUCCCAUGCAGUGUGUGCCUGGGCGACCGCUGAAGCUCCUGCGGACUAGCCCAGGCCUCGAUGUGCGUGUGCAACUGCAGCAAGCAGGGCCCUCAGACGCUUGGGAUGUGCAGGUGGUCCACAGGCCCGACGGUAAUGCGACAACGACGUGGAAGACACUUGCGUCUGCCGGUGGUCGCAGCCGUCAAGACGUUUGGACGCUCGAGCGGGGCACGCACACGAAGCGCCUCGAUCAGACAGGGCUAUAUACGAUUGAGGGCUUGUCGUCCCAGUUUUGUGCGGGCCAAGUCGGCUCACCGUGGACGUGUGAGGUGGUGGACGUGCCGUUGCCACGAGCAUCGAUCCAUUUCGAGAGCAUCGAAGACCCGUGUGCAGGCACCGUGGGAGUCAAGGCUCUAUCGGAUCUUGAGGGUGAGCCGCCAUUCCGCCUGGUGUACGAGACGCAACGUGCCGGCCAAGCACCCCGACGGCACGAGCGCGUGGUGCGUGACCAGACGCGCGAUGAGCUUGAGUUCUGGCCUAAUAUGGAGGGCCUCGUCACUUACCGAUUCCUCGAGCUGAAUGAUGCCAAUUACCAGCAUGUGCCUCUCGACGGGCCCUCAUUCACGCAAAUCGCACAUCCACUUGCCUCCGCGUCGUUUGUUGGUGCGAACAGCGAUCAGGAUGCGGUCGUCAGCAGCUGCGGUGAACCGACCGUGCAAGCGGAUGUGGCCUUCUCAGGCACCGGCCCCUACUCGCUUGAAUACUCGACGCGUGGUGGAGCCGGCGGCGAGCCUGUGUACUGGCAUGUCGACAACAUCGAAGAAGCGCGGACGACACUGAAUUUGACACUCCCGCCAAAUCACCAGGGACGUGCUACCGUCUCGCUCCUCCGCCUUCGUGAUGGCAAGGGCUGUGAGCGUCGACUUGCCACGCGCGACUUGCGUGUGGAUGUGCGUCGACCGAACGCCGCCGUGGGCUUCGCACGGCAGCAUGCGGUUGUGCAGGAACACACGUACGCAGACCUGCCUCUUCGGCUCAAAGGUACGCCACCAUGGUUCAUCUCCUACACACUUGAUCAUGGGCGCGAGAAUGGCACAGCCACGUUGCACGAUGCAAACGAAGCACUGCGCGUAAGUGAGCCUGGCUCCUACACCAUUACUGGCGUGCGUGACGCACAUUGCGCCGGCAGUGUACUUCCGCAGCAGGAGACAGCCGAGGUCGUGAUGCGCCCGCGGCCACACGCAUUCUUCGUCGACACUACACAACCCAAUGGGCUUAAAAGCGGAGUCGUGAGUCUGCCGCCCGUGUGUGUGUCGACGCCUUACACAGCCACGAUCGCGCUGCAAGGACAGCCGCCCGUUGAGGUCAAGUAUCAGCAGACGACCCUGGCCGACAGUGGCACAACACUGACUCGUGGCAACACACUUUCCAGCUCAGAACCUAACGCGUCUGUGCCGCUGAAGACGAAUGUCCCUGGCUGGUUCUCGUACAACAUCGUGAGCAUCAGCGACGCUUUCUAUCCACAUACAGCUGCUGCGGCGCCUGCCCUGCUUGAGUACCGCGUCUGGCCGCGGCCAGACGCCAAGUUCGUUCACGACGAGCCUCAGCGCAUCACAGCCUGUGUGGGUGGCACGUGGGAGCGGAGGCCGAUACUGCACCUCUUCGGCACGCCACCCUUCCAAGUAGACAUGGUCCUCCGGCCCGUGCAUAUCGAGGGUCAGGCAGCCCCCACACGCUUCGCUCAGACCGUGCACGAGUCCACAUGGCAUGUGAUGCCACCCACCGUUAUGAGCGUGCCAGGGACAUGGGAAUUACGUGUGGAGCGUGUGCAAGAUGCCCAUUGUGUCAAUGAAGCGGCCACAGCGUCAGUGCUGGUCGACGUGGUGGAAAGCGCCGGCGUCGUUCCCGUGACAAACCGCAUGCACUACUGUGUAGGCGAACGCAUGGACUUUGUACUGCAGGGAAUGUCGCCAUGGACUGUGGAGUACACAUUCCUAGGUAGGACGUCGCAUGUGACUGCGCGGAAGGCCGAGUUCUGGCGCUUGGCUGACCGACCUGGCGUGCUGUCGGUGCUCGGCGCCGCGCAUGGCUCAAAUACGUGUCGCAAGACACACGCCCCGAUUGAACGCAUCGUUCAUGCACUCCCUAGCGCACACGUGUCGGCAGGCGCAAAUCUUGUCGAGUCACUGCGUGAAGGUGGUCAUGCCGAAAUCGUGUUCACCCUCGAGGGCGAGCCGCCGUUCUCAUUCACGUACCAACGGACAGAGCCAGCCGAUACGCAUGCUCGGCCCAAGGUCCUGGAGACGCAUACUGUCAAUCAGUGGCAGGCGAAUGAGUAUCGCGUGCCAACGUCACAAGAAGGCACCUGGUCCGUCGUGUGGAUGCAAGACCGUUGGUGCCAAGUGUCUUUGGGUGAGGUGAGUGGACCAGCGUCCUGGAGCGUUUCGCAUGAGUCUGUAUAA